AUGUUGAUUUUCUUCGCUCUUCUGCUGGGACGCCUUGUUUCGUCUAUCCGAGACUUCGCUGUAAGUGACGAGCUGCAGAAGGACUUCGAUGGAGACACGCCAGACGGGUACGACGAGUUCUACAGCCAUUUCCACGUCACACCGGAGACGCACCGAGCGAUCCUCGACGGCCACGGUGACACGGCCGUCACCUUGUCCGUCGUCUUUGCCCUGCAUCCGGCCGCCUCUGUCCUUGGCUUGACACUGCCUCCCGGCUACCUGCUUCUGGAUGCAGCAGGCAAUUUCCAGCCUGGAUGCCCCCAGGUCUUUACCCCACAGGACUUGAAUCAGAAGUCUGCCUACGCGAACGAGACACAGGCGAAGCCUUUGACUCCACAUGUCAUCAGUUGCGAGGUCUACAACAAGCUGGAUGAUCAAUUAGGUGCUGAAGGAAACGGAACUGAAGCCCAGCAGAAAGAUGCUGUGGUGGCUCUUACCCUGACGCUGGAGCCGGACAAGCCCGGACUCUCCAAGAAAGACUUAGCGGUGGAUCAUGGAAAUGGUUCGCGCGUGGUGCCCUUGUCCUGGUGGUUCUUCCACAUUCGUGUCCGCUAUCCGGACCGAUCCCCCGAUCCGGAGGACAACAAGUUCUUUCUACAUUGGGCUUCGGCUUCGCAGCAAGACUGGGAAGGUGAGACUGCCUUCCAAUCAUGGCCAAUCCUGGGCGAUUGGGAUUGCGUCUACUCAGACUGGGAAGGGUGGGGCUCUUGCUCUGCUCGCUGUGGUGGUGGCAACCGCAUGCUAGUCAGAAGGCCUUUGCAGCAGCCUCCAGGUGGACAGCAGUGCAAUGAAAUCCUUCAUCCCAAUCCAGGGAGGUGUAACGAGCAUCCCUGUCUUUACUCCUGUGGUUACAAGGAAGAGGUCAUCGAAGGCGAGUGUUCGGCCUCUUGCGGUGGCGGAGUCAAGUUCACCCGGAAGAGGUUCUUUAUAGAUGGCGACAACUUUCACCUUUGCCCGCAGAUGGGGGAGCGGUACUCUGAGCAGCUGGAGCCAUGCAACACACAGCCGUGCAAAGCUAGGUGCGAGCAUUCCAAGAAGUGGGAAGUGAUCACGCCCUGCGAUGCAGCAUGUGGUAAGGGCCACUUCAUUGUCAUGAAGCAGGUGUUGCAGAAGGACAUAGAGGAUGAGAACUGCACGGCGGAGUGGAAGUGGCUGCCAUGCGUCCAGCAGCACUGUACCUCGUUUACGGUUUCUAGAAUGGUGGCCAACUUGCAGCCGCAUCCAGAAGAGAGGAUCAAAGUGCUGCUCAGCUGGGCCAAUAAAGUGGAAACACGAAAGAUAAGCAUUCGUGCCCCUUUGGGAUACAAGUUCGGCGAGAAGGACGGAGAUUGCAAGAUCUUAUUCCACAGCCUGCAGCCACACUUCUUGAACUGCAAGGUGACUUCUCAGCAGAACGAAGCAGACAUCAACUUCCAGACGCCGCUUCCCCCUGCAGAAACUCAUGGUGCUCAGAAUGGCACCAUGAGUGGAAGGUAUGAGCUGGCUCUAGACAUCGUGACAGCGCCAUGUGAUACGGAGAAGUGGGCAGCUGAUCCGAUAAGAGGCGAAAUCAUUUGCGAUGAAAAUGUGGACAAACUCCGGUGGAAAAUCUCGUUCUUCCAAUUCGAAGCCCAAGCAGAGAUCGUCGAGUCUGCUGCAGGCUUCACUACUCUGUGGAAGGAAGGCAUUCCGCUCCCGCGCGAGCUCAGACUGAAAGUGGAUCCUCCACUUCCUGACGAUCCACCACCAACAACAACCACCGCGAGCACGACGACCACGACAGAGACCACGACGCUCCCGGUUUCUGCUCGAGAACCGCACACCGAGAAAGGAGUCAUUCUGUGCAUGCGAAGCCGUGAUCCACGAAUCUGCCAGGAGCGUGCCAAGGAUGAAUCCGUUGAGUGCGGGUGGCAGAACGUCUGCCAGGUGAAAGAGUAA